GGCUUUAGGCUUUAUAUAUGAAACAGAGAGUGCGACCGCAGUUUAAUAUAGAGAGGAUAGUCCUUUAAAGUCAGGGAACGAUUGCCUCUUCCCGCUUUUAACUACAAACACACCCCCUCGAACAAUCAAUUAUUCCUCAGUUUAUGCUACGAAGCAACAUUUCUCAAACCCUAGGCAGAAUUACAAUCCAAUCUUCAGUAAUUGACUGCAAAAAAAAAGCCGAGAUGAAAUAUGUUUUGGUUACCGGCGGCGUGGUGAGCGGCCUCGGCAAAGGCGUCACCGCCAGCAGCAUCGGCGUUGUUCUCAAAGCCUGUGGCCUCCGCGUCACCUCCAUUAAAAUUGAUCCUUAUUUGAACAUUGAUGCUGGCACAAUGUCUCCAUUUGAGCAUGGGGAGGUUUUUGUUCUUGAUGAUGGCGGAGAGGUGGAUCUGGAUUUAGGUAACUAUGAACGUUUUCUGGAUUUGAAAUUAACUAGAGAUAACAAUAUCACUACAGGGAAGAUAUAUCAGUCUGUGCUCGAAAAGGAACGGCAAGGAGAUUAUCUUGGGAAGACUGUGCAGGUGGUUCCUCACAUUACUGAUGCCAUUAAGAAUUGGAUCGAGACAGUAUCUAUCAUUCCUGUGGAUGGGAAAGAAGGUCCCGCAGAUGUCUGCGUUAUAGAAUUGGGAGGGACCGUAGGGGAUAUUGAGUCAAUGCCGUUCAUUGAAGCUCUGCGGCAGCUACUCUUCUCUGUCGGACAAAAUAAUUUCUGUCUGAUUCAUGUCAGUCUUAUACCUGUUCUUGGCGUUGUUGGUGAGCAAAAAACUAAGCCCACGCAGCAUAGCGUGCGGGAAUUGAGAGCAUUAGGCUUGACUCCUCAUUUUUUGGCUUGCCGUUCAGCGGAGCCUUUGUUUGAAAGUACAAGGCAGAAACUGUCUCAGUUUUGCCAUGUCCCUGUUGGCAAUAUCCUUAAUAUCCAUGAUGUUCCAAAUAUUUGGCACAUUCCUCUUCUGCUUCGGAACCAAAAUGCACACGAUGCCAUUCUAAGACACUUGGAGUUAUUCAGUGUUGCCAAAACUCCUAAUUUAGAAGAAUGGACCGGAAGGGCUGAGAUUUUUGACAGCCUCACAAACUCUGUAAGAAUUGCAAUGGUGGGGAAGUAUGUUGGGAUGGCAGAUUCUUACCUAUCUGUUGUGAAGUCUCUUUUGCAUGCUUGCAUCGCUAGUUCCUUGAAGCCAGCAAUUGAUUGGAUUGCAGCUUCAGAUCUUGAAGAUGAGAGUGCAAAAUCUACACCAGAAGCUCAUGCUACAGCUUGGAGGACUCUUCGGAAUGCUGCAUGUGUCUUGGUUCCUGGUGGGUUUGGUGAUCGGGGUGUGAAAGGAAUGAUCUUGGCAGCAAAAUAUGCCAGGGAGAACAAAGUCCCAUAUCUUGGGAUAUGUUUGGGCAUGCAAAUAUCUGUGAUCGAGAUAGCGAGAAAUGUUUUGGGCUUAGAGAGGGCAAACAGCACUGAGUUUGAUGAUCGCACCCCCGACCCCGUUGUGAUUUUCAUGCCAGAGGGUUCAAAAACGCACAUGGGAAGCACAAUGAGACUUGGUAGUCGAAAAACGUUAGUACAGACUCCAGAUUGUAUAACUGCUAAGCUGUACCACAACUCGGAGUAUGUGGAUGAACGGCAUAGGCACAGAUAUGAGGUGAACCCUGACAUGGUUAGCAUCUUGGAAGAAUCUGGCUUGAAAUUUGUUGGGAAGGAUGAAACUGGAAAACGAAUGGAGAUUUUGGAGCUCAAAGAUCAUCCUUUUUAUGUGGGAGUUCAGUUUCAUCCAGAAUAUAAGUCCCGCCCUGGGAGACCCUCUCCUCUAUUUUUAGGUUUCAUUUUGGCGGCAAUUGGAAAAUUAGAACCGUAUCUCCAAAACCCUCGAAAUGGAAGACUGUAGGAUCACUGCAGACCGCAGUUGACGAAAACGGGAUGGCAGGAAAUCAGGAAGGAACUCGAUGGGGACGAAGAAUCAAUUUUGUGGUGCUUUUGAAAGAUCUGCAUAUGUUUUGAUUCGGCCAACACAACUUGUUUUCGUCGUGAGAUUUGGCCGAAAUAAUUUAUGUUUCUUUCAUGUGUGAGAGACUUUACCAUAAAUAAUUUAGAUUUUUUAUUGCAAAUUGUAAGUAUACUACUACUAUUACUAGUCAUGGAUCUUUGACUAGUUUUGCAGUGAGUGCAAGUGCAUGCAGCACUAGAGACUUUGUUUGAACUAAAUUAUAUUUCCUACCUAGUUAUGCUGAUACUUCAUGUUUA